CUUGAGUUCAGACGAGCAUCGGUGUUCAACAUACAAUUCCUGUGAAUCCCUCCGGAGGCUACAACCUCAAUGGCCGGGAGUCCAUAACUUCUCUACAGCAUGUCUUCCCGAUUAGCGUUCCGACGCCAUACACGGCCACUAUGGGCCAGGGCGUAUUCCUCGGCGUCCAGAGUUCGACUCGCCUUUGAUCUUCACGAACCCGCGAAAGGGUCCAAUCCGCAGCAUGCUCCGAUCAUCUUCAUGCACGGUCUAUUUGGAUCUAAGAAGAACAACAGGAGCAUCAGUAAAGCUCUAGCUCGGGACCUGGGUAGAGCGGUCUAUGCAGUGGACCUUCGAAAUCAUGGGGAUUCCCCGCACAACCCGCGACACGAUUACUUGGCUAUGGCAGAUGAUGUGGAGGGGUUUAUCGACGAACAUAAACUGACAGAUCCAACACUGAUCGGCCACUCCAUGGGAUCAAAAACCGCCAUGACCUUGGCCCUUCGAUCACCGAAUCGGAUCCGCGACAUUGUUUCCGUGGACAAUGCCCCUUGGGAUGCUGUGCUCCAGAGCAACUUUGGCAAAUACAUUGAAGGGAUGAAGAAGGUUGAAGCUGCGGGAGUUACGCGGCUGUCCGAGGCCGACAAGAUACUCCAGGAUUACGAGGAAUCCCAAGCCGUAAGGCAAUUCCUCCUAGGGAAUCUACACCACAAACCGGGCGAGCAGACAAAACACUUUAAACCUCCAUUGCAAAUACUGGCCAGAUCGCUGGGUAAUAUGGGAGAUUUCCCCUAUAAGGAUCCAGAAGAAGUGCGAUUCGAGAAGCCUGCGCUGUUCGUACGGGGUACAAAGAGUACUUAUGUCCCGGACGAGGCGCUUCCGAUAAUAGGGAGAUUCUUCCCAAGGUUCGAGCUGGCGGAUAUAGAUGCUGGACACUGGGUCAUAUCCGAGCAGCCGGAAGCAUUCAGGAGAGCCGUCGUGGAUUUUCUGAAACCCAAGGAAUAGAAAUGUACAUUAUAGAAUAUAGAAUAUAGAAUCAUAGUUGCUGUAGAUUUUCUGAAACCCAAAGAAUAGACUUGAGUAAUAUAUAAUAUAGAGGUAUCAUGCCAUGCCCAUGCCCAUACCCAUACCCAAGCCCUCAACCCCC